GAUCAUUGUAUACUUGUUUUUCAUUUUAUCUUUACACCCUUUCCUGAUCUGAGUUUAAAAAUAUGUGAUAAUCAAGUAGUGGAAGACUUUCGAACUUCCAUCUGGAAUAAGGGCAUAGUAUUCGCAUAUAUUUGUUGAUAUUUUUAGAUCAUGAGGUCAAAAGGAGAAUUUUUUGGUUGGCCUGGUUUAUCUUAUGCUUUCAUUUUUUUUCUAGGAGGAAUGAAGAAGCAUUGGCUUGGGAUGAACUGUUUUGUUCAGUGGGUUUUCCACGAAGUCAGCGGUUGAUGGAAUGAGAUGCUUGAUGGAGACACCGCUCCAGCGCUCCCCUGUUUCCCCUGUUUUUUUUUUUUUUCAUUUAUGUAUAUUUUUUUGUUAUUUAUUUUUUGUUGCAGGUUGCCGUUUUCCAUCAUACUGCGAGACAUGUCAACUUUAGGUGUUGAAGGGAAAGAGAAAGAGAAAGGGCAACACAACGACAAGGAAAUGGCCAGCGAACCAAGAUCCUUCAAAAGAAUCAUUGUCCUAGGUUGGGCUGAUAUUCUUGUGGCCUACACUCUGUUUGUAAUGGUAACAUACUUGACAAAUGUAUGGAAGAUGGAUUUCACCCACGCAACAGCAGUAAUGAAUGUUUUCUAUGGCGUGUCAGCAAUCAUGCCAAUAGGAAUGGCAUACCUUGUCGACACUCUUGUUGGUCAUUUUUGGAUGCUCUUAGUCUCCAGUAUCGCCUAUAGCAUUGGCUUGGGAUUUUUAGCCAUGUCAACCCCUCCCGUCCUAUCCAAGGUUACAGGCACAUCCAGCAGGUACGAGAAAGCAUGCAUUGGCAAUGUGCAGAUGGCUAAAAAUUUGGGUACCUUGAUGGUGCUGAUUGGUCCAAUAGUUGGCGCAAUAGCACUUCCCUAUAUACAUCCUUGGUCGGUUCGCUUUGGAAUUCCAGCAAUAUGUACUUCGGUGGCUACUCUUUUGUUUUCGAGUGAUUGCGGUUCUUACAGAUUUGUCAAACCGCAAGGCAGUCCUCUUACUCAUGUAUUCCGGGUCUUUGUGGCUUCUACCUUGAAGAUGCACCAUCCUCCUAAUACUAAUAACGCUGAGCCUUAUGGGAUGCAUGACCCUGGUGAAGAUGUGAUGCCUCACACAAAGGGCCUCAGAUGUCUCGACAAAGCUGCAGUGGUACUGCCUUCCCGGCCGCAGAAUGGAUGGACCCUUUGCAGAGUCACAGAGGUGGAAGAAACUAAGGCCAUCAUACGCAUGAUACCUAUGUGGAUUACCUUUGCUAUUUUUGGUGUUGUACUAUCCUUUGGCAACACUUAUUUUGUUGAGCAGGCAAAUCACAUGAAUCGCAAGGUUGGACGCCUAUCGUUUCCCCUUCCAAUCUUUUUAGUGUUCAGUGAAUGCUCAAAGUCCCUAGCUUCCAAUUUAUAUGAGAAGUUGUCAAGCGAUUUGGGUGAGAGACGGAAGAGUAUGCCGCACCAGUUGGAAUUGCAUCAGGAGUGUUGUAUUACUGCUGCAAAAGUGGAAGCCAGAAGAUUAGAUGUGAUCAGAAAACAUGGCUUACUAGACAAGCCUGAUGACACAAUCCCCAUGAGUAUAUUUUGGCUACUUCCACAGUUUUUGUUGCUAGGGUCCUUACAUGGAUUUGCUCAUAACGACAUCAAGGAUUUCUUCCGAAAGCAAACCCCAAACUCCAUGAACAAGUAUAUUAACCACUUCAUCAGCAGUUCAUUUGGAGCAGGAAGCCUAGGCAGUGUUCUUUCUGUUUACAUAGUAAGCCAUGCUAGCAACAGCAAGCAAGGAAGGCGACCAAGCUGGUUCCAGGACACUCUAAACCGGAGUCGCUUGGAUAAUUACUAUUGGACAUUAGCAGUAUUGAGUUCUAUCAACUUUCUUGUCUUCCUACUUAUUGCCUAUAAAGGUGCAGCAAAUAAAGAGACGAGGGCUGGUUCACCCUUAAACUGUGAUGAUGAUGAUUGA